GCUAAGCGCACCAAGAAAGUUGGGAUUGUGGGUAAAUAUGGUACCCGUUAUGGUGCAUCCCUUAGGAAAAUGGUGAAGAAAAUUGAAAUUAGCCAGCACGCCAAGUAUACCUGCUCCUUCUGUGGCAAGACCAAAAUGAAGAGGAAGGCUGUAGGUAUCUGGCACUGUGGAUCCUGCAUGAAGACAGUUGCUGGGGGUGCCUGGACUUACAAUACCACCUCUGCAGUGACAGUCAAAUCUGCGAUCAGAAGACUGAAGGAAUUGAAAGACCAGUAGAAGCUACGUCCUGUUCUCCUUGUGAAACAUCCUUUUUUUCCACUGUCAAAAUCUGUCCUUUUAACAAUAAAAAGGUGAUAAUGUAGUGGAA